UUAAGGCAUAUUCUCUACCACUGUUCGAUAAAUGAGUUUUAUGCUCUAUAUCGAUAAGAGCGACGUUUGAUAAACUCAUUUGUUAACUUUUAGCACAACACUUAUGCUUUCGCUUUUAUAAAAAAUACGUUUUAAUAAAUUUGACAUUUAUUCAACUUAUAAACAACAAAUAUAUACAAACACUGUUGGAUGUGCUGAACUCGUUAGCGUCUGGAAAAACAACUUAACAAAAAUAUCUAAACCGCCUCUUGUUCUAACAUGGACUAAUCAAUUCAAUGAAUGCUAUAUUUGUAAAACUUGCUACUAUGAUCUUUUAUUAUACGACGAGCAUAUGGUCAAAUUGUUGGAAAUACAAAAACGUAUUAUUUCAUUUUUGCGGAAUCCAGAGCUCAGCGACGAGCUUAUAGCAACACAAGCGUUGGGUGAAUGCAUAGAAGAAGGUAAUAUAAAAAUAGAAGAAAUCGAUAUAAGUAUUCAAAGCACAACCGGAGAGAGUUUCACUGGGGACGAAAAUAAGGCUGAUAAGGUAUUUAUAGACACAGAAGAAAAACCCGAGUCUAUUAUUGAUGAUGGCGAAGAUUUCAGAGAUAUAGAAGAACUGGUAUUGGAUACAAUUAAAGACCCUCCCGUUAGUGUUCGCAAGUACAGCAUUCCAUCUAAAUGUGAAAUAUGUAAUACAGUUUACAAAAGUAAAACCCUUCUGAAUAGACAUAUAAACGUUGCACAUAAACCAUCUAAACAAAUUUGGAAAUGUGAAGUUUGCGGCAUUAUUGCAAAAGAUGCAGAAUAUUUGGAAUUACAUAAAAAUAUCCACGAAGGAAGGUCUGAUUUGGAAUGCCGUUUCUGCAACAAACGUUAUUCUCGCAAAAUCAAUGUUAUUCGACAUAUGCACAAACAUUGGGACAAAAAAAGUUUUCAGUGUGAAAGAUGUGGACUAAGGUUCUCCGAGUUACCACUUUACUAUAAUCACAAAUUGCAGCAUGAUGCUGAAGAUGACCCGCUGAUUUGUGCAGAAUGUAACCAAUCCUUCAAAACGCGACGUACUUAUAGAAACCAUUUAUGGGUACAUCGUGAUGAUCGCCCACGUUAUAGCUGUGAAAUUUGCGGGAAGACGUUUGUUGAAAAAUAUACACUUAAAGUUCAUCUCAAAUGUCAUACUGAUAAAGAUGGAGAACGCAAAGGGGGAAGAAGUAAAAUUAAAACUUCGGUGCACCAGGAAGAAGAAACAAUCGAAUGUGUUAUAUGUUCUGAUCAAUUUUCUUCCAGGGAUAUAUGCAAUCAGCACAUGAAAGAACAACACGAUGUAAUUCUAACAUCUGAAGACAAGCUUAUUAUUUGAAAUAAAUAAAAAUUUAGUCAUUUUAGAUAUCUGUAUAUCUUUUUAUUUGGACUUCGGAAACACAAUACAGGCAAAUAUAUAAUUAAAGCAAACGUGGAUAAAAACGAAAUAUUUUU